AUGUCCGCUAUCUCCCGCCUCUCGAACGAGACUCUGUGUACGAUCUUCAGCACAUUGGACAUCUGCGAUUUGCUUUCAGCUACUGCCGUCUGUACUCACUGGCGAGAUGUGGCUCUCCAGGACGUUAACUUAUGGGGACGCCACGUAUGCUCAUUGCCUGGCCACACUGAGGAGAUGAUCAGACGAUCAGGAGAGACGCCUAUUGCUGUCUUCCCAUCUAUUCGAGAGGAAACCUCGGAAUUUCCUCCGGCUCUGGCGAAGUCGCUUGACCUGGCGUUAGCCCAGUGUCAUAGAGUUUCACAUAUCGACUUGGUAGAAGUUGGUAAACACAUCGUUCGCGCCUUCUCCCGGGCGACGGCUAGUGCACCAAUACUUCAAUCGAUGAGGCUCAGUGAUCUCUCUCGCGAGUACGAGUAG